AUGAAGGUUUCUGACUUGGGACUGGUGUGUGUAGCAUGCACAGCUACGUUGAUCCAAGCAGAGAUCUUUUCGACGCCGAUUUACUCUGUAGCAAGAAACUCCACGUACGCGCAAGCAAAAAGGGCAGCUGCAAGAGAGGACCGAAUUGCGAGGAGUAGAACCAAUAGUCACAAGAAGAGUGAAGUGAAAAAAGAGAGAGCAAGGGUGUCAAGGCGAGUCAGACAUAAUGAAGACGGACAAAAGAGGCUAAAAGGUCCAGUUGGUGGUGUGGAGAAUGAUGAUGAAUAUCUUGCGGCUUUGGGGAAAGGCAAAUUUCUGGACGAUGUAAGAGCAAGGUACGGAAGUGGAGUGCCGGAAUGGGAUUGGAAUGAACUGGUAUAUGUCAUAGAUCUGGAGGUUGGAAGCCCACCGCAGAGCUCACGAGCUCUCCUUUCCAUCUCCGAUAAUGACAUGUUUCUACCGUCAGUUGACUGUACGAAUACAUGUCACUCCCAUCAACUUUACGACCCCUCUUUGUCAAACACGAAAACAUGGAUAGGCACUCUUUUUGCUAUGGACUAUGCCAGAUGCUCUGCAUUUGGAAACCUAGUCUCCGAUACUAUCACUUUUGCCGGCCUAAAAAUUUCACAACAAUUCGGCGCUGUCGAUAGUGUAGGGCGAUUUACAGAUCCAGACUGGGGUAACUUGGAAUGGGAUGGGCUCUUUGGACUAGCUCCUUCAUCUACGCACUCUCCGCACUCAAUUCCAAAUCCAUUCAUCAAUCUUCGUUCCCAGAAACUCAUUCAAACACCGGUCUUCACUCUCCUUCUUCCACAAACUCCAGACACUCCCGGUCUCCUCACCUUCGGUACAAUAGACCAUACACGCUAUACCGGCCCCCUCAAGCUUCUCCCUCUCCUAAAUCACACAAUUGCUCCGCAAACUCGCUCUACCAUGCUUCCAGAUCUCAUCACCGAUCGCUGGCAAAUCCCUUGCAAAUCUCUUACCAUCUCUGGCACAUCCUCCUCCUACAACCUCCGUCCAUACGUCGCCAUCCUUGAAACAUCCUAUCCAGGUAUCGGUCUCCCUUCAUCUCUCGUCACUUCUCUCCACACCUAUCUCGGAAUGGAGUUCCGCGGCUACGAUGUCCCACCUUCCAUUCCCUGUUCCAGUCGUGAUUCAUUACCUGUUAUUGCUUUACGCCUCGGGGACCAUGAAUUUCCUUUAACGGCAUAUGAAUAUACUUUGGAAGUAGAUAGAACUGAUAUAGGUGGUCAUAGAUGCGUGUCGUUGUUUAUGGAGAUAGAAGAGGAGAUGGAAGGGGACGUGAAGCGUAUUGUAUUAGGAAGUGGGUUCUUGAGAAAUUGGUUUGGGGUGUUUAAUUUGAAGGAGAGAGAGGUGGCUUUUGGGAAGGUGGGGGUAGUUGGGAUAGUGGAAGAUAAAUUUGAAGUUUAG